UUUGUCAAAUGUCAAUGCCAGACGAUUUCUUUUUGCCAUGUUCAGACGGUUCGUUAAAUCCUAAUUUGUAGUUAUGGCUGGUAUACUCUCCGUCUCUUCUCGUAAUUUACCACGGCCGUUACUUAGAAUAGUAAAAAUUUAUUUAAAAAAAAACGUUUCCGAGGUACCCAUUAGACACAAGUCGCUUUACGAAGCCACAAAAUUAGUACAGAGAGCAUGUCGUAUUAGCCACGGCGAUGAUAUAUUUAGGCACAAUUUGCGUUUGGUACCAUUAUCGGUUAGGCACUUUCGUACAUCCGGACCGUCAUUUGAGAUUGUCACUGUAGGUGCGCCAGAUUUCCCCGAUUCAGUGUCUGAGGGUGACAUCAGGUGGCAGAAGAAAGUUGGUGAUAGUGUUAGUACAGAUGAAGUUAUCGCAGAGAUUGAAACGGAUAAAACCGCCUUACCAGUCAUGUCGCCCGGUAACGGCACAAUUGCCGAAGUAUUAGUACAGGAUGGUUCGACGGUUAAGGCUAAAACACCUUUGGCAAAAAUUGACUUAUCCGGCGCAGGCGGUGGUGCUAAACCAGCACCUGCUGCCAAGGCACCCACACCACCACCUUCACCAGCAGCGGCUCCGCCACCGAAACCGGCCGCUACGCCGCCACCACCGCCCCCGCAAGCUCCUCCAUCUGCCCCACCCAAACCAGCUACCGCACCACCAAAACCAGCGGCCCCUGUAUCUGCAAUUCCCGUGGGACCAGCACCUACAAUUCUCAAAGUUCCACCCAAGGAUCCAACGAAGGAAAUUGCCGGCACCCGAACGGAACAUCGAGUUAAGAUGAAUAGGAUGCGGCAAAAAAUCGCGCAGAGAUUAAAAGAAGCACAAAAUGUGAAUGCUAUGCUUACUACAUUUAAUGAGAUUGACAUGACGUCUAUCAUGGAAUUCCGCAAAGCUAACAUGGAUGCUUUCCAAAAGAAAUAUGGUAUUAAACUCGGUUUCAUGUCCGCUUUCUUGAAAGCGUCUGCAUAUGCAUUGCAAGAUCAACCCGUUGUAAAUGCAGUCAUCGAUGCAAAAGGGCAAGAGAUUAUUUACAGAGAUUAUGUUGAUAUUUCUGUUGCUGUUGCAACACCUAAAGGUCUCGUUGUUCCAGUGUUAAGAAACGUGGAAAGUAUGAAUUAUGCAGAAAUUGAACUUGCACUAAACGCACUGGGAGAAAAGGCUAGAAAAGGAGCAAUAACUGUGGAGGAUAUGGACGGAGGUACCUUCACUAUAAGCAACGGUGGUGUUUUCGGCUCCUUGAUGGGCACGCCCAUUAUAAAUCCGCCACAAUCGUCGAUAUUAGGUAUGCAUGGUACUUUUGAACGACCAAUCGCACUUAAGGGACAAGUUGUCAUCAGACCAAUGAUGUACAUCGCGUUGACGUAUGAUCAUAGAUUAAUUGAUGGUCGUGAGGCUGUGUUCUUCCUAAGGAAAAUUAAAGCGGCUGUCGAAGAUCCUCGCAUUAUUGUAGCAGGACUUUAAUGCUGAUUGCAGUACAGAUUUGUUUUUAAAAAAAUUCAAAAUUUACAAUUACCAUGUUCCAUCCCAAAUUGAAAACAUUUGCUUUGUGCACUCUACUUAAUUUGCAACAUCUGUAUUUUUUUUAAGUUUACACCCGUCCUGUAUAAAUUUUUGUUUUGUAUAUGAGACACUAAUAUACAUCGUUAUUUAUUGUUG